AUGUAUGCUGUGACUAUUAGUGAGGAGGGUGACUGUUACCGGUGUUUCCCGCCCGACCCGGGCAUUGGUACUGCUGCGCCAGGUACUUCUGCGGCUGCUGCUCUAGGUGCCAGUGCGUCUGCACUCUCAGGUACUGGUGAGGCUGCGCUCUCAGGUACUGCGUCGGCUUCGGCCUCCCUCACCUUCACGCUUGACUCAGGGGCUUCUCGCUCCUUCUUUCGAGACCGCACCACACUCACGCCGCUUGGCCGGCCGGUUGCAGUCUCCCUGGCUGACCCCUCUGGGGGUCCUGUCCUCUCUCACUUCUCCACUGUCCUCCCGUGUCCGGCUGCCCCCUCGGGCACCUUGUCUGGUCUGUACCUCCCCUCGUUCUCGACGAACUUGGUGAGUGGUGCUGACCUGCAGGAUGCGGGGGUUCACCAGUUUACUCCUGCGAGUCAGCGGGUGACCCACUGCUCGGACGCCCGCACAGGCCGACACCUGGCCACGUUUUCGCGUCGGCCGGGGUCGAGUCUCUACACCCUGACCACUGAGUCUCCUCCUGUCCCUGCGUCUGGCCAGGUAGCUGCGUCGGGUCAGGUGUUUGCUGCUGCGUCCAGGUCUGGUCCUGAGUCUGCCCCCUGCUCGUGUCGCCGCCUGUCUCAGGAGACUCUCCUGUGGCACCACCGUCUUGGCCACCCCUCCUUGCCUCGUCUUCGGGGCAUGGCUUCCCGUGUCCUUGUCUCUGGUCUUCCCCGGUCUCUCCCUCCCCUUCCCUCGGGACCCGGACCUUCCUGUGUCCCCUGUGUCGAGGGGCGGCUCCGGGCUGCCCCUCACUCCUCCCAGUUUCCCCCGACAGAGGCUCCUCUGCAGACGCUUCACAUGGACGUGUGGGGCCCGGCCCGCGUCCGUGGGCAGGGUCACGAGCGCUACUUCCUGCUGGUGGUUGACGACUACUCGCGUUACACCACAGUCUUCCCCUUGCGCAGCAAGGGUGAUGUUACUGAGGUGUUGAUCGACUGGAUCCGCGCAGCUCGUCUCCAGCUCAGGAGGAGCUUCGGCUCGGACUUUCCUGUUCUGCGUCUGCACUCUGACCGAGGUGGAGAGUUCUCCUCUGGCCUUCUGCGAGCCUACUGUCGUGCACGAGGCAUCCGCCAGACCUUUACGCUUCCGGACUCUCCACAGCAAAAUGGGAUUGCUGAGCGCCGCAUUGGCAUGGUCAUGGACGUCGCUCGUACGUCCAUGAUGCAUGCGGCUGCCCCCCAUUUUCUGUGGCCGUUUGCGGUUCGGUACGCGGCGCAUCAGAUCAACCUUCACCCCAGGGUCUCCCGGCCGGAGACCUCCCCAGCUCUGCUGUGGACGGGGAAGGUCGGCGAUGCGUCUGCGUUCCGUGUCUGGGGAUCUCGGGCGUUUGUCCGCGACUUGUCUGCGGACAAGCUGUCCCCUCGUGCUGCUCCCUGUGUCUUCCUCGGCUUCCCCCCUGACGCCCCAGGGUGGCAGUUCUACCACCCCUCCUCUCGUCGUGUUCUGUCCUCCCAGGACGUCACGUUCGACGAGUCAGUCCCCUUCUACCGCCUCUUCCCCUACCGCACUCCUUCCCUCCCCCCGCCACCGCACUUCCUUGUGCCAGGUCCCCCCCCGGUAGACCCCCUUCCCCCUCAGGGUCCUGCCCCUUCAGGUGUGUCCCAGGUAGACGCAGUCGAGCCGGUCGAGGUUGCUGGUGACUCUGGUCCUGCUGCGGGUGCUGAGCCUGGGGGUGCUGACUCUGGGGGUGCUACGCGCGUGGGUGCUGAGCCUGGGGGUGCUGAGCCUGGGGGUGCUGAGUCUGGGGGUACUGAGCCUGGGGUCUGGGGGUGCUGA